AAUAAUUUAACUGAGUACUAAAACAUUGUUUGAUUUGACUGUAUUCCUAAACGAACGACGGACGCUCAAAGCUCAUUCAAGGCCAACUUUGUUUUGAAGUGAACUUGUGUCUUGUGUUGUGAUUUAAAUUGUUAAAAGUUUGGAACUAUUUUAUUGUUCUACAAUGAGAACCAGCCACCCGCAGUACACCAUUAUGGUAGAAUUUAUGGAAAAGCAUGGAGACUUAUCCAAACCCAGUGGGGGUCCUCGUGGUAGACAUUAUGUGCAGCAAAAAUGGAAGGAGUUAAUUGAUAUGCUCAAUAGUGAUGGCACUGGGGAUUCUCGAACAGAGGAAAAGUGGCGGAAGGUUUGGAGUGACUUUAAAAACAAUGUAAAAAAAAAGUGGGCGAAAAUAAAUAGGUCUGCUCAGGGUACAGGUGGUGGGCCAGCGAUUCAGCUGACAUUAACAGACCUUGAAAACAGAGUUUUAAAUUUAAUUGGAGUGCAGGCUGCUACUGGGAUGCCUAUACAAGAAGCUGGAUUUGUACAGGUUGUUGGUGGAGAGGAUGUUAGCUUGUCAGGUGUACAAGUACCUGCUACAGAAACUGUAGAUGAAUUGACUGUGGAUGAUGCUGCUUAUGAAUAUACACCAAUUCCUGAAGAUGAAUGGAAUACUGCAGGAACAAGCAGUCAACCCACAGUCGCUCCACCUCUUCGUCCUCCUACUCCGCCAACAGCACUUACACCACCACCAGGUCCAGUGCAAACCCAGUGGCAACCGCCGAAAAAAAAGAAGAAGCCUGAAGAUUUAGUUAUAAAAGUAUUUAAGGAGUGUGAGAGGAAUGCUAGGGAGUAUGAAAAGGAGCGUGACCGAAUUGCACAAGAAUUAGAACGAGAGAGGAUUCGUCAGCGUGAUGUAGAGCUUCAGUUGCAAGCUCAGUGGUUAGAUUUUAUGAGAGAGGCGUUAAAGGUUGUAAAUAAAUAUUUAGAGAAAAGAAGUGAAUAG